AUGAAGACCAUGAAGAUAACCUUGUCAGCCUCUCUGCUGCUCAUCCAAACACUGCAGUGUUUGGCUUCAGACGGUACAGUAACUAAAAAAAACUUUGAUUUGAUCGGAAUUCUGAUAUUGUGUGCAUGUGCACUCGCAUUUGGAAUCAAGACCAGUGAUUUUCCACCAAUCUGAAUGUUACUCACAUGCUUAAAAGCAGGAUAUGCUAUUAGCAUUUUAUAUUUAGAUAUUCUACAAGGUUGCCCUUUCAUUGCAGGUAACAUUACUUCAGUUUAGAUACCUUACGUUUUCUGUUUUUAUACAUUAAAUUGUGGCACUUUAAGUGUUUAAGUAUUUUUUACAGUUCACUAUCCAUUUCAUUCAUUUUUCUGACAGCUGCAGGAAGGAAUGACCUGCAAUAGCUCUCCAUGUGUGACGGAGACGUAUCGCAGGUCAUUCCUGGGCGAUAAAACGAUUACCAAAUGCGGUAGCUUAUUGUAUUGCAAAAGACAUGCUACCAAUAUGCACUGUUAAGUUUCAUUUUUUUAUAUUGUGAUAUAUAUAUCGAAAUUGAGAUGAAAAAAAUAUAUUGUUAUAAACUGUUUACCAUAUUGCAAAGCCCUGGUAUAUUCUGUACACAAAUUAAAUAAGACUCAUGUACAUAUCUUUUUUUAACUCUAAGUUUCUUUAUCCUUUAAUUUCUCUUUUUGUAUCUGUAUUUAUGCUGCUGUAAUUUUGGAAUUUCCCCAUGUGGGACAAUUAAAGGGAUAUUUAUCUUAGUGCCUAAAAUUCAACUUUGUUUUCAUUUUACAGAUUCCCCGUUUCAACUCACCAACAAGGCCACUGGAUUUUGUUUGGUUAAAACCAAUAACUUAUGCAAUGAAAUGCGCUGGACUACUGGUGACAGACUUCUUGUUCACCAAAGGAGGAAGUGUCUGGGCGUCCAGGGGAAGAGUGUUGGGAGUGAAAUAGGCCUCUAUGAUUGUGAUGAAAACAGUGAACUCCAAAAGUGGGAAUGCCAGAAUGAAACCGUGCUGGCCCUCAAAGACCAAGAGCUUUACGUCGAGCUCACUGCAGAUAAUACAGCAGUCCUCUCCAGAACAGUGGGACCCAAGAGUCAUCUCAUAAUUUCAGGGACAUCCAGUGGGGCCUGCACAAGAACCUACAGAGGUACAUCCCCCUUUAAAUACAGCUCUGACUUUCCACACCAAGUUUUAACCAGUUUGCUAACUGUCAAAAGAAUGUACAUAAUACAAUUUAGCUCAACCCGAUAAAGUUCUUCUGUCUUUUCAGAACUUUAUACCAUUGAUGGAAAUGCAGCUGGGAUGCCGUGCAUGUUCCCGUUCCAGUAUCAAGGCCAGUGGUACAGUGACUGCACUCAGGCUGACUGGCAUUUUCUCUGGUGUGCUGUGGAAACACAUUUUCAAAACGAACGCUGGGGCCACUGCCCAGUUACUUGUGAGUGCUCUGUUAAUGUUUUUUGAAAGUCAGGGUGCCUGCAAUGGCUGACAGAAAAUUAAAGGAAUUGAGAAAUCUUUGAAUAAGCCCGGUAUUGCAAACAUUUUAAUCAAUGGGUUAAGAAUUUUAAAGGAAGACUUUAUCAAGUUUAUCUCCUAAAAUUCAUUGAAAAUGGAGAUAACAUGAUCAACGUUAAGAUAAAUACAGAGAGAUUUGGUUUAGAGAUUCGUGUUUCGUUGAUGAUUCAUUGAGAAAUGCAACGAUGCUUUCCCCUGUCCAUUCAACAGUCGACUCAAACUCCGGCUAAGUUUGCAACACUGCCAAAAGCCAUCACAUUUUUCAUCAAAUGUACAGAAACAGUUUUUUCAGGACCUAUUUAUGGCUGAUUGAAGACAGAGUUAUACAACUUGAGGUAGCAGGGAGCUGGUAUUAUACUUUUAUUUAAUUAUUUUUAUUUCCUUUUUAUUUGUUAAAGAGGGACAGUGUACAUUAAUGAACAUUUUAAAAAGAUAAAAUGUAAAUGGACCCAAUUGUAGCCACAAGGCUAGUUUCCAUUGGUAGUCCCCCUGCCAGAAGGAACAUGGCUACCUAAAAAGGUGGGAAAUCAGCAACUACAUAAAAACAUACAUAAUAUUUAAAACAUCAACAUUACCCACCCGAAAGCACGCCAACCAACUAAUGGGAACAAGUUUGGUUUUCAAGUAACCACCUCUUCAAAUUUACUUUAAAUGCUCUGUAUGAAUUGGACUCUCUUAUGUUUUGUAGUAUUGUGUUCCAAUCCUUGCCUGCCCUACAAGAAAAAACUGACUGACCAAAUACAGAUUUUCUAAACGGGAUCUGGCAGUCUCCUCUUGCCGCCCCUCUAGUACCACUGGUUGCUGGAGAUCUAAACUGUAUGAGGUAGCAGAGUGGGGGCGGAGCUACCCUAUGACGGAUUUUAUAUGUAAGACAGCAGUUUUUGAAAAGGACAAGAUUGAUAACCUAUAUUUUUGAAGAAUUGUGCAAUGAUGAAAAGAUCUUGGUUUUUUAUCCAGAGUUUUGAGUGCUUGUUUGUAUAGUGAUACAGGCGGGUAAACAAUAAUUAAUAUGGGACAUUAUAAGAGAAAACAUGUACAUUUUUGCCGCUUCUGUUGACAUAUGAUUUCUGAGGUGCCUGAAAUUUCCAAGUGUGACCUUAAGAAUUUUGCUUACUUAGCUGUAAACUCCAUGUAUCUCCAUGAAUCAUAGCCAAGGAACACUGGACUGUUAACCCAACCACGGGAGCGUACUACCAACUCAACGUGCAGUCAGCUCUGACUUGGGCUCAAGCUGAAACCAGCUGCAGACAACAGGGAGCAUCCUUGCUCAGUAUCACUGAUCCUCACCAGCAGGCCUAUGUCUCAGGUGAGGUGUCUGUGUUUUCCCACUCCCUUUAAAAGCACUGCCUUGUACAUUUUUAUAUUAUAAUUAGGGCUGUCAAUCGAUUAAAAUAUUUAAUCGCGAUUAAUCGAAUUUUGAUCAUAAUUAAUCAUGAUUAAUCGCAAAUUGAUCGCAUAUUUUUGAUCCAUUCUAAAUCAAUCUUUUUCAAAUUGUAAUAAUUUUAUCAACAUGAGAACAGAUCGUCGAUUUUCGUGGAUGCGAUUGAUUUGUAUGAUUUCGCAGACCAACGUCCUGCACAAUGCUAAUCGGCCGACAAGCGUUAGCCACCCAUUUAGCGAUCGCUGUUUCAAGUUUGCGUUUAGUAGAGCUCUCCAUCUGUUUACCUUGCACAUUCAGCUUUGUUUGCUUGAGGCGGGGGGGACGGCGCGGGGCUCUCUGCAUCAGCUGUGUGCUUGGCCGACAAGUCAUAUUUGAGACUGGACGUACUUCGGUGGGAACUAAAUUCAGCUCGGCAGGAAACACAAAUGACUUUUGUCCUGUCAAGAGAGCCAUCUGGCAAGGCUUUGUAGCUGAACUCUCCGUUCAAAAUAGUGUUCUUAUCCAUUAUAUCCUAGUUACUGCUCACAGGGAUUUGUUUAUGUCUGCCGCGGUAUCAGUCAAUGCACUACUUCCUGAUUCGCGGAACUACAGAGUGCCCCGAGGCUCACAUAGCCUGGACACCUCACCAACUGUUCCUCUACAACGGCAAGAAUCUCCACGCAGUGUGUGUGUAGUUUGGUCAAGCCAGGCUAAGGCUUGCGUUAAUCGUGCGUCAAAAAAAUUAGUGGCGAUAAAAGUCACUCGAGUUAACGCGACAAUAACGCGUUAACUUUGACAGCCUUAAUUAUAAUACUUUGCAAUCAUGCCUUGUCAUCAUUUGCUGACAUAAAAAGACACACUUGUAUUUCUUUUUCUCUCUGUAUACUUUAAAAAGCACUGCUAGGAGCGGAGAGCCCUAAGCUUUGGAUUGGGCUGCUCCUGAAUCCAGAACAUGGUUGGACGUGGUCUAAUAGGAGGCCUUACUGCUACAUGAAAUGGGACACAGGUACUUUUGUUCUCAAGCCAACAGAAGAUGCUUCAGCAAAGAUUUUGAACAAAACUGUGUCUGAUGAACUAAUGUAAAAUAACAAUAAACAAAUCCACUCAUCAGAGUUUAUUAAAACUUUCCCUCUCGCUCAUACCUGUACUAAAAACGUGAUCCAAGACUAAGUGCAAAGUGAACCCUGAAACCAUUGCUGCGUCCGAAUUGCCCGCUAGGAUACUACAUCCUACUGCUAGAUCCUACUCCUACAUACUAAACACGUUGGCCCAAUUCGGACACACUAGAGGAGCGGUGGGGAAAGACGACCCCCGCAGGCAGAGAGUAGGUACUGCGCCCGUUUUAGACUGUAUGGUAAUAGUGCAAGUGAUGGAUGCUGCUGUAUUAUAUUCCUGCACUGCUUUAGAAAUUCACAAAGUAGCUUUUCCAUUACUUUUAGCCUUCAUUCACUCACGUGGUGAUCGUUUGUUCAAUGAGAUCUGCCUGAUUACUGCAGCUGUGCAGUUUAAUGAUGGAAUAAGUGAGCUUUACCUCCAUGAUGUCGCCACAUAAAAUGAUUACUUGGGCAAAUAUGACACCAUGACAUGACAAAGAGAUACAACCGCACAUUCUUUAGGACAGUGUGUGAAAUUACAUGAAACCGCCAUAGUGUGGCCAGCCGGCGUUCGCAACGCUUCUAUGCUGGUGGUGCUAGCAUCACAUGCGCUUCUACAACUUUUAAGAGGACGAAGAAGAAGCCCGCGGUGCAUUUUGGGUCAGUAGCAUGCCUGCAGGAUGCACCGAGUCCAACCUACAAUGUGGGCGUGUCUAGUAUCUGAAGUAGCAUGCUACUCGCUCCGGUGGCCAAUUCGGACAUGCUAGAUCCUACUUCGACUACUACUUGGCAAUUCGGACGCAGCUCAUGAAACAAACUGCUAACUGAAGUAAUGACUUGUUUCUUUUAUUCACUAUUAUUCUCGUUUAUUUUGCUUUCAUUCAAGAGUUGGGUACAAAAAUUUGUACAUUUUUUAAUGGUAUUUUAUUCAUUAGGCUGUUUUUUCCCAAAAAAAAAAAAACUACUUUGAGUAUCUUGUUUCAGGAAAUCCAUUUCAUACUCCUGGGCACAACUGUGCAAUUCUUGAGCCUACUGUACAGUACUCCUGGCAAAGUCGCCCCUGCAGCAAAAAACUGGGGUAUAUCUGCUACAGCCAAGCACCUGAAACUCAGCCAACGCAAGGUGAAGAAAAAGAUCCUUUCCAGUCCACACAUCCCCUGACAACUCUUCAGCUCCACAGUCAAUCAGUGCUUAUGUUUCUUCCUUUCGUUAUCAGCUGCCGAGACAGGGUUUUGUUCAAGCCCUUGGAUCCCUUACAAUGGCCGCUGCUUUUAUGUAAAUCGUACCCAGAAAACGUGGUCUGACGCCCAGAGAGAGUGUCGCAGCACCAGGGGAGACCUGGUCAGCGUCCGCAAUGUUGAGGACCAAAGCUUUGUCAUCUCUCAACUUGGAUACAGUAAGUGAAAAUAAGGAGUAGCACCUUGGUUCCAAGAGUUCAACUAGGCAGAAGAACUAUUUUUUAUGGGGUACAUGCGCUUCUCAUCCAGAAACAACUAUCACUCAAACACAGGAUAGUGCAUGUUGCUAUAUAUUAUGCAAGGAAUAGAUUGGUGCCUCCAUUGUGUCAAUCAAUCUGCUUUUUAGUAAACACAAAAUUAUCCAUAGCACAGCCACUCUGCCUCUACAGUCCAAUUCAACGAUCUGCAGCCAAUACAAGGAGAUACCCAAAGCAUAGAGGGUGACUAUAAUUAGGGUUGGGUAUCGAGAAUCGAUGGGGACCGGGACUAACAUUUCGAUUCUUCCGGUAUCGUUCAAAUAUUAAAAUUUCGAUUCCAAGUUUCGAUUCCAGAGUCCGCCGACCGGAAGAAAUAGCCGCCGAAAAUCAACGAAGAAGAAGCCGCUUAACACCAACGAGGACGGAGCGUAUGAGACGAAGCCACACAGGAAGUGAAGAGAGACAGAGAAAGUACAACCCACAGCAAUGCAGCCGCUGUGGGUUACAAUGUAAUCUCUCUCUCUGUCUCUCUCCUCUCUCUCUGUGUGACUUCGUCUCAUACGCUCCGUCCUCGUUGGUGUUCGGCAGCUUCUUCUUCGUUGGUCAAAAGUUUGGCUAACUUUAGCAGGAAGAAUGAACUCUUAUCUCAAAGCAACAUUAGCAAUACAGUUAUAUCAUGUAAAGGAGGGUAAACGACCAACAUGAUUAAACACCUCAGGAUUCAUGGAGGAGAAAUACCCGAGUGCUCGUCUUUGACGCGCUUCGCCGGUGUUGUGCCAUAGAAUGCACCCCUGCUGUUGAAUGCCCCCCUGACGGGAGCGCGGUUGAAAGUACACAACAAGGCGAAACAAUCCAAGUUUUCCUUACCGUUGAACGGAAUCUAAAGUGUGUGCCUUUAAUGAUUUCAUUCAGGCUAUUCAGAUAUGCCGAAAACAACAGCCCUCUGAUUCGGAAUAUUUACUGUCCUGAAAAUAUAAUGUUCUCUACCUUAACAGCUUACUGUACAGUUUAUAUACCCAAGUACACCUUCAUGUGUGCAUUUUUGAGACACAUAAAAACAAAACGAAAGUUUACUGCUCCAUUUGACAUGUUGUCAUGAUCUAAUACUUGUGUUUUUUUAUAUAUGAGAUCAUUGUCUUCCACUUUAAGAAGCUAAUGAGUGGAGGGGAGGCAUUCUACGGCAGGGGUGCAUUCUACAGCACAACACCUGUCUUCCGCUAACCAGUCAGGAUCAGAUAAAAGAAACAAUAAAUUACUUCUGUCCUCUGCUAACUUUGAAGCGGUAAACAAAUUGCACUGAGUACGGUGAGUAAACUUAAAUAUCCAACUAACGUUAGCCCUUGUACUUUGUCAUAGACAAACAACCUGACAACAAAAAAUGAUAUUUAUAUACUGACUGAAAAUAGACCUGUGAGAAACUCAUAGUAAAGUUCUUAAAAAGUUAAUAGAAUUUGAAAAUUCAUGGAGAAGUUCAGAAAUUUCAUCCAAAAAGAAGAGCUCCGGUUAGCGCCCUCAUUCAAAUCAUGCUUUUUUUAAAUUUAUUUUUAUCCUGCCUUUUAAAAGAAUCGAAAUAGAGAAUCAAUAGGAAUCGGAAUCGAAAUGAGGAUUCGAAAUCGGAAUCGGAUUCGUUCAAAAUCAAACGAUACCCAACCCUAACUAUAAUAAAAUGAGAAUCAUGUUUGUAGCUCACAAAGUAUGGGUAAUCAUUUCAUGAAAGAAUCCUUUUCUUUUUGUCUUUUUGUCUUUUUGUCGGCAGCGUCCACUGAUGAGCUUUGGAUUGGACUAAACGACAGGAAAACAGAGGGGCUGUUUGAGUGGGCUGAUCACUCGACUGUUAGUUUUACCAGCUGGGAGUUUGGGAAACCUGCAGUCUCCACUGAUAUAAAGGACUGUGUUCUCAUCAGGGGGGCGGUAAGAAGCCCUGCAUGCGUAUUCAUAAUUUAUUUUUAUUUUAUUAAGUGUUUUAUGAAUUAAAUGAUUACCAUGCCAAUGCACAUAUUUACAAUCACAAUCAUACAACGAGUAAGUGUGCAUAGCAGCAAAAAGUUAAAUCUGAUUUACAGGGCAGCAUCAUGACAGAUUACUUGACUGUGUAUUUGUUUCUGUGUCACUGUGUAAAUAUAUAUAACCAUGUUCUAUGUCACAGAAUGGGAACUGGGCUGACCGUGCGUGUGGGGAGAAACAUGGCUUUAUAUGUAUGAAGCCCAGUGCCACAACAGCCGUUGGAGAUGAAGUACAGCUGGAUGAAGGCUGCAAAACUGUGCGUUACGUUUCCUCAUAGUAAAGUUGACCUCUCAUUUGUAUUGGAGGACAACACGUCUCGGUUUAGAGUUUGAAUUAUGGGUACUUUACCCAGGUGCAGCAUUUUGGACAAAACAUACAGGUUUUAAAAUAAUAAAACUAUUAACUGCAAGUUACGCAAAGGUUUAUAUACUGAGCGUUUAUUAAACUGCAGUGAAUAUAUGAUAUUUGAUAUACCAGUGGUGGUAAAUGUUAGGGGAGUGCUGUCACCCAAAUAUCGUUCAGCAACGCUAUCGAAAAUUCUGCAAUCAUUUACGACAACAAACUUCUGCUGUUUUCCACAAUAAUGAGUACUCACAGCCCUUCAUUUUGUUCUCCAUCAAUCCAGGGGUGGAGAAGACGUGGCUACUACUGCUACUUUAUAGGGACACAGACCAAAACUUUCAAUGACGCUGCGAAUGACUGCAAGAGUUCGAAUUCUUACUUAGCCGACGUUUCUGAUGGGUAAAAAGAUUGUUUUUUUGUUAGGUUUGUUUUAAUCUACGAGCUUGUCACGUUCAGCCUAUGAACUUACUUGAGUAAAUAUUUCCAGGGUGGAUAACGCAUUCCUUAUCAGUUUGGUUGGGAUGAGGCCAGAGAAGUACUUCUGGAUUGGGCUUUCCAACCAAAAUACUGGUGGUAGAUUUGCAUGGACCAACACAAACUCAGUGAGAUUUACACACUGGAACGCUUACAUGCCCGGUAUGAUAAAACCUCAUAUUGUAACUCUAAGAAGUGGCAGACAAUUGCUUGAAAUCUGACGUUUCACAAUUUCCCCCCCAAAAGGUCACCGACAGGGCUGUGUUGCCAUAAAAACCGGAGUUCUUGCGGGCCUCUGGGAUGUGCUGCCCUGCACCAAUAAAGAGAAAUACAUUUGCAAACACAGGGCAGAGGGAGUACUUGCAACCCCCACACCAACCAUUCUCACCACAUCUCCAACUUGCCCCCCUGAAUGGAUCGAAAUGAAGACAAGAGACAUCUGUUUUAAGGUACAGAUAAAUUAUGUGGUAAAAUCAAGUACCCCAUGUACUGAACCUAUGUCCUCCAGUCCUGGGAUCCCUUGGUCUGAGCACAGUGUAGAAAUAACUCCAAUAAUUUCAUGUCUGAAAACAAAAUGUGACCGUAUUAGUGCCUUUAAAUAAUGCACCACAGCUUGAAAGCACAAAGCUUUGCUAAAUUUGUCUUGCUUCCUAGAUGUUUUCAGGCGGACUACAAAGGACUUGGUUUCAGGCCAGAGAUUACUGCACUACCAUUGGAGGAGAUCUGCUCAGCAUACACAGUAUAAAUGACAUACAAAGGAUUCCUGGGUACUGUAUAACUUGGCAAUAUCAAAAUAAGUCAAACUGAAAAAUAGUUACUACAAAAGUAAAGGGAAGCACUGUAAAACAUGCCUCAUUAAAAAAUAAUUUGUAUAAAUGUGUUGAUCACAGCUUUACAUCAGCCUGGAUUGGUCUGAGAGCCCCUGGGCCAGGUGCUAGUUAUGUAUGGAGCGAUGGAUCCCCAGUAAGUAAAUGGUUGUUUAUCAUUUCAAGGUUGGGUGUAGUCUCAUUUAAAUUAAAAAUCAUAAUACUGUAGAAAGUGUUUUUAGUUGUUUUGCUUGUUUUUCAGCUGCAGUUCCAGCACUGGAGUUAUGGUGAGCCAACGAAUAGAAACAAUGUAGAAUUCUGUGUGGAAUUCAGAAGAACCAAUCAUUCUUUUCUUGGGUCAUGGAGCGUUGCGCACUGUGAGAAAGACCUUGGAUGGCUGUGCCAGAUCCCUACAGGUAUAAUGACAGACUUAAGCAUUUCUUUCUCCCUUCCCUGAUCACAAAAAGGUCUGCUCUGCAUAGUGUAUUUUUUUCAAAUUUAUCUAGUUGAUCAACCUCCCCAGUUAGUGCUGCCUACUUUCACUGUCUCCAGCAUUUUAUUCAGUAAUGUGAAUGAAAUUAACCUCUGCACACUUUCUUACAGGAGUGACUCCGAAGCCAGCGCCAGACCCCAUCCCUCUUGGUAAGGGUAACAUUUUCCCAAGCAGUCAAAUAGAAAUAAAAAAAGUCACCAAUCUACUUUUACUUUUACUGUGAUUUCUAUUCUGGGUGAAAAUCCUUUCAUGUUUUGUUCGGGUGGCACAGCCAAAACAAAAGUUUAUAUGUUAUCCACCAACACUAAGAGUCUACAACUCAUCAUGCAUAUAUAAAUAAAUAUAUAUACACACAAUGUCUUACAUUUUUAGGCUACAAUCUCUCAAGAGACGGAUGGCUGGAAUGGAAUGGACAUCAGUAUCUUAUUUCCAGGUCCAAACAGGCCAUGGAGGAUGCUCGUCUCUACUGCAAACGGCAGCAGGGUGACUUGGUUACUAUCAACAGUGAAGCUGAAAGUCUCUUUCUUUGGAAACAGGUUAGCAGUGACAACAAAUCUGUACUACAAACCACAUGACUGGCAUUACUCAAUAUCCCAUUGUGUAUCAGAUGAGCAAAGAACAUUCAGCGAUUUUGUGAUGUCUGUUGUUUGUGUGUCUAGACAAUCUACUUCAAUGUGAGGUAUUUCUGGAUUGGCCUGUAUGUGGAUCUCGACCAAACAUAUGGGUAGGUAUAUAUUGAGUAGUUAUUGAUAGAUCAGUUUAAAUGUUAAAAGAAGUUGAAACAACGGCCAUGCAACUUGAUUUGAAUUAUUUCAAGUGGUUCCUCUUGCAAUCCUGGCUGAUACCAAAAGUGCUGAGCUGUGAUGUUAUUCAGGUUGUUAGUUUACCUUAGCUAGCAUGAGUCAAAUUAAACUAUCAUAAUUAUCUGUGAAUAAUAGGAAUGGCUGCAAACCUAAAUAUUACUCUUCCAGAAAAUUCCCACUAAGAAAUCUUGUUUUAAUGGAGUCUUUAGGUGAAAGUAUGCUGGAGUAGUAGACGUUUGAGAAAUUCCAAUAAUUGCUCUUUUAUGUUUGGCUUUUCCCAUUGACUUAAAUGCGACUUAUGUCUAGGGUUGGGUAUCGUUUGAUUUUGAACGAUUCCGAUUUCGAUUCCGAUUCCUAUCGAUUCUCUAUUUCGAUUCUUUUAAAAGGCAGGAUAAAAUUUUUUUAAAAAGCAUGAUUUGAAUGAGGGCGCUAACCGGAGCUCUUCUGUUUGGAUGAAAUUUCUGAACUUCUCCAUGAAUUUUCAAAUUCUAUUAACUUUUUAAGAACUUUACUAUGAGUUUCUCACAGGUCUAUUUUCAGUCAGUGUAUAAAUAUCAUUUUUUGUUUUCAGGUCGUUUGUCUAUGACAAAGUACAAGGGCUAACGUUAGUUGGAUAUUUAAGUUUACCCACCGUACUCAGUGCAAUUUGUUUACCGCUUCAAAGUUAGCGGAGGACAGAAGUAAUUUAUUGUUUCACUUAUCUGAUCCUGACUGGUUAGCGGAAGACAGGUGUUGUGCUGUAGAAUGCACCCCUGCCGUAGAAUGCCUCCCCUCCACUCAUUAGCUUCUUAAAGUGGAAGACAAUGAUCGCAUAUUUAAAAAAAACACGAGUAUUAGAUCAUGACAACAUGUCAAAUGGAGCAGUAAACUUUCGUUUUGUUUUUAUGUGUCUCAAAAAUGCACAUACAGAGAUGUACUUUGGUAUAUAAACUGUACAGUAAGCUGUUAAGGUAGAGAACAUUAUAUUUUCAGGACAGUAAAUAUUCCGAAUCAGAGGGCUAUUGUUUUUCGGCAUAUCUGAAUAGCCUGAAUGAAAUCAUUAAAGGCACACGCUUUAGAUUACGUUCAACGGUAACGAAAAACUUGGAUUGUUUCGCCUUGUUGUGUACUUUCAACCGCGCUCCCGUCAGGGGGGCAUUCAACAGCAGGGGUGCAUUCUAUGGCACAACACCGGCGAAGCGCGUCAAAGACGAGCACUCGGGUAUUUCUCCUCCAUGAAUCCUGAGGUGUUUAAUCAUGUUGGUCGUUUACCCUCCUUUGCAUGAUUUAACUGUAUUGCUAAUGUUGCAUUGAGAUAAGAGUUCAUUCUUCCUGCUAAAGUUAGCCAAACUUUUGACCAACGAAGAAGAAGCCGCCGAACACCAACGAGGACGAAGUCACACAGAGAGAGAAGAGAGACAGAGACAGAUUACAUUGUAACUUCGUUGAUUUUCGGCAGCUAUUUCUUCCGGUCGGCGGAUUCCGGAACCGAAAUUUUAAUAUUUGAACGAUACCGGAAGAAUCGAAAUGUUAGUCUCGAUCCCAAUCGAUACUCGAUUCUCGAUACCCAACCCUACUUAUGUCACGAAAAAUUUGUGUAUAAUACAGAAAAGUAAUAGCACACUGACCCCGAUAAAACUGGACAUUUUGAUACAUAAUUUGUCCUACAAUUCUUCAAGCUGUAAGACAGAAAAAAUCCACCGUAUAACAAUUAUUGUUCAGACACAAGCGUACUCAAGAGCAGAGGAAGAUGUCAUAUAAGGGGUGCCAGGUCUGUGGAUUAGCAGCAUGAAUUCAAGAGCAAGAUCCAUUCUGUCAGUCAUUGUUUCAAUGCAUACCCAACUUAAAGUAUGAAGAUAGGAGUGUUUUAAUUGCACAAAAUAAAAGUCUUUUUCUGUACUGUGUCUUUUAAAAGGUGGAUGGAUGGUUCUCCAGUGGUGUAUCAAAGGUGGGAUGAGGGUCAACCUCGUUUCGUGAACAAUGAUGAAAACUGUGCUGUCACUUCCCCAAGGGGUAAAUGAUAUAAUUUUCACCAGGAGACAAUUUAUUUAACAAAUGUAUUAAUCAGACUGUUACUUCGGUACUAAAGUCAAGCUGAUUAUUAUGUAUGAAAGACAUAAAAAGUUGAAUUAUCUUGAUUAUUAUCAAAGAAAGUUCACUGUGACAAAUUGCAGAGGAAGAUCAUUUUAGAGAGCCACUCCAUUUUCUGUUCCUCAAUGUGAGUUGAAACACGUAGAUACAUCUCUGCUUAUUGACGGAUUUUUAAACAACACGAGAGUUGCACAGAUUUCAGUUAGGACUGUGAUUUUUUUCACAAAAAUGCAUCUUUCAAAAUAAUCAAAAAAGUCAUCCUCUUUGUCUCGUAAGCUGAUUAUGUCACUGGAAUCUUAACUUCCUGUCGAGCUCUACUGUGCCUCGCUCGAGAGUAGCGGUGAAGAGGCGAGUUAUUUCAAAACAAGAGUGCCAUUAGAUAUGACUAAAUUACGUUUGUGUUGAAUAAAUAAUAUAUUUAUAAAAGUUAUAAACUGUGAUAAUGUUUUAUUUUUUUUUUCAGUUUCAAAAAAUCCUUGAGGAAAUCCUGUACAAAGCACUCAGCCUUUUCUUUUAACUGAUGAAUAUUGCGUUUGCUUUUAUAUUGAUUUUUUCUUUCUUUCUUUCUUUUUCUGCAGGUUUUUGGAGAGACAGUAAUUGCGGGCUCAGUUAUGAAUUCAUCUGUAAACGCAACAGCACGACACCUGCCCCUGCCCCUGUCCCCGCGUCAACACCUGCUCCCCUAAGAGGAGGCUGUCCACAGGGCUGGACAAAACUUAACUCAAAGGUCAGAUGUCACUUUUACAGUUAGUGUUUCACACACAGACUGUGACUGGAUGAGCCACUCAGGAAAAUAAGAGCCACGUGGGUUUAUACGUUUAUAUCCACAAAUGGAUAAAAUGAGAUGUACAUCUUGUAUGUGAAGUACAAAAGCAUUUGUCUUCAUGACAUAUAUUCAAUAUUGAAAGGUUUUUGACAUCUGUAGUGUGGCGCACGCAUGUAUUUGGAUUAGUGUGCAUUUAUAUUGCACUUUAAGUCCUGUACAGAAACAGUUCGGUAAAAAUAUGUGUACCUUUACACUCACACUAAAUAGAGCAAUGUAUUUACUGGAUGAUUCCGUUAAACAAUUUCAAUUUACUGAUGUACAGCACGGUCACUAAGCUGUGUUUUUUUUUCACCCACAGUGUUACAUCAUUAUUCACGAGAAAAAGGAAACAUGGGAUGGAGCAAAGACACAGUGCAAAGCCAUGGGAGGAAAUCUAGCCUCAAUUCUCUCGAAACAUGAACAACGUUUGUAUUUGAAUUGACUGUCAUUUCAUACAGACAAGAACUGCAAAAGGAAACAAAAGUCAAACAAAAUAAAUUUUGAAGAAGUUUUAGUUGAAAGUUGAAAAAGCUUUACAGUUUCCCUGAGCAGCUUGUUUCAAUCAGAGUGAAGGACUUGGCCUGAACCUGAUGUCAGGGUUUGCUGCCUUUGAAAACAUGCCUACCCAGGCAGUUUUUCAAGUUUCCUCUCACUUCUCACUAGGGCUGGGCGAUAUGGGAAAAAGUUUAUCACAAUAUAUUUUUUUCGUAUCAGUCGAUAUCGACAUAUGAUAUAAAGAAUAACAUUUAGCAGUGUUUUUGGUAGCAUGUCUUUCGCAAUAUAAUCAGCUUCUGCAGCCGUGAGGUCUUUGUGUCCCUUUGACGUUUUGUCAUGAGGCGCUGCACUAGAGACUGAAUAGGCAGCUGUUUUGGCUGCACGGGCGCCAUGGGCUCCUCGCUCCACUCAGGGUUUGUAACCUUUUGCGUUGCGCGUGCUCUGCCGCGUGGCGCUGCUUUAGGUGGUGAAAAAGAUUUGAGGUAUUCCCCGACUUUGCGAGAACAUGUACUCGACAUAACUUGCAGUGCACAUUACUCUACUUCAUGUCUGACCUCAAUAAACCAUUGGCUAUCAUUGGCUAUUUGUAUAGUCUACCAAAACAUAGUAGAAUGCCAGUUAUCGAAAAGCAUAUUGACCAUGUAUCAUAUUGAUAUUGAGAGAAAUUAAUUUUCGAUAUUUAUCAUUAUAUCACCCAGCCCUACUUCUAACCUUUUCCUCCUUUCUCCACUCUUCAUUGAUUACAUACGUCCUGUAAAGUUACUUGCAAGUGUUCUUUUGGUUGUGAAGCGAAGCCAUAGCUAUCUUGUAUGAUGACUGUUGGAGUUAGAGGAGCAGAGAUGCACACCAUUAGCCUUCUUGAUGUUCUGGUUUGUUUUUGUAGGUCGUACAGAAUCACGAGCAAUAAGUUUAGUCUUUUUUGUAUCAAAACUUGACACAGCAUGUUGAAGCAUCCCAAAUAAUUCCCCCUCCAUCCGAAAAACAAAAACAUGUCCUUAUCUGAGAGACAUAGGAGUCAUCAAUGUGCACUACCGUUUCAGUGUUUUUGACUACAAAAAUGAUUGAGGCGCCUGGCACUGACCUGUGGAUUGGUAUGCAUUCUAAAAAUUCACUUGAAUUUUAUUGGACUGAUGGUCGACCAAACCGAUUCAGCAGCUGGAAAAUUGUGAGUAGACACUGGCUUCAUUAUAAUGUUCGUUAGCGAAGUUAUGAGCAAAAUCUGUCCUCUGUAAAUGCUGUUGAAACAACAGUGAACAAUUCUGUGCACCUUUGAAUAAUUUUUGUUCUAAUGGUUUGAAAAAUAUUUCUCUCUGUUUUUAGGGACUCACCUCAUAUAGCCACCUUUUUACUGAGGUAAAAACUUCUAUGAUAUUAAGAUUUAACAAGCAAUUUUACUGUAUUGUCAUUUUUGGAGCUCUAAAAAGUUGUGUGUUCAAAGUGCAGUUUUGUUAGUUUCCAAACCUGCGACCAGUGUUCUUUAGGUUUUGUUUUUGUAACGUCUUGUUCAGGGUGGGAAACUCAUACCACUCAUCAUGUAUUAUUACUGUGUUCAAAGUUUUAAGACAUAGAUCUCAAUAAUCUGAUCAUUUAUGGUAAUUUUACUGCUUCCUGACUAGGCCUGCAAGAUAUAUCGUUUGAACAUCGUCAUCGCGAUGUACGUGUGUGCGAUAGUCAGCUGUGCAGUUUAAUGAUGGAAUAAGUGAGCUUUACCUCCAUGAUGUCGCCACAUAUUUGCUCAUAAAAUGAUUACUUGGGCAAAUAUGACGCCAUGACAUGACAAAGAGAUACAACCGCACAUUUUUUAGGACAGUGUGUGAAGUUACAUGAAACUUACAUCUGUACUGCUGCGGUCCCGCCUGCUGCUGCUGCUGCUGCUCCGACAUGAUGCGCGCUGCUGUGGUCACCCGGCGUUCGCGACACAUUUAAAUAGGCAGAGUAGCUGGUGGUGCUAGCAUCACAUGCGCUUCUACAACUUUUAAGAGGACGAAGAAGAAGCCCGCGGUGCAUUUUGGGUCAGUAGCAUGUCCGGAGGAUGCACCGAGACCAACCUACAAUGUGGGCGUGUCUAGUAUCUGAAGUAGCAUGCUACUCGCUCCGGUGGCCAAUUCGGUCAUGCUAGAUACUACUUCGACUACUACUUGGCAAUUCGGACGCAGCUACUGACUGAGAUACACUGCACGUGACUCUGCAUGUGCUGUGCAGCGAUCCACCAAUCACCAUCGUCCUUUACUCAGUUGCCAAUCAGACUCAGUUCUCAGUUGCCAAUCAGCUUACUCUGCCAGCUGUCAAUCAAAAUCAGAGAGGAGGAAACCCACCCCUGCACAUGUUCUGCACAUGGAGUGAGACGCGUGUCCGCUGAGAAUUACUUUCGGAACAUUCUUCAUCACUGUUUAGCCCAACAAAUAAGAACUGUUUGGGUUUUAAAAUGUACAUUUCCAUGGACCACUCUAUUAUAAGCGGUGCGCGUUUUGCGAGGUGCAUGCAAUUCUCGGAGGACAUACGUUUCUCAGCAGAACACCGCUAACAACAACAACAACGAUCGCAAACGGAGCAACAAACAGAGAAAGCCACAGAAGAUGAAGACUUGUUGCCUAAAAGAAAAGGAAAGUCAGUUAUCAGGAAUUAUUUCGGUUACAAGAUGGAUGAUGGCGACCAAAACACGUGUUCUGUGUUCAUCUGUCGCCACAAUAACGUCCCAGCACAAUAAAAGCUAAAAAUAUCUCUGAGACAGACAGAAGCCAUUCUACUAACAUUCACAAAAAGAGGUAAGAUCAGAGCAGGGUAACUGUCCUCAAGACUUCAGCGGUGCAGUAUAACAUUAAGUGCUAUUCAGGUCAUCUGGUGAAAAUUCCUGUAUUUUUUAAUAUCACAAUAUAUAUCGCAGGGUUGAAAAAAAUCGCAAUAUUAAUUUUUUCCAAUAUCGUGCAGCCUUAGUCCUGACUGGAGCAACCACAAUGACAAUAGAGAGGUCUUCAAGAAAUUUUGCAUCUUGUUGCAGAAAACUACUGUUGUGCCUCAGGGAAGAGAUUGUGCUGCCAUGACCAGUGCCAAAAGGGAUUUGGGGAAUUGGGUAAAAAAGUCCUGCGAUGACGCCAAUGGAUAUGUCUGCCUUCGUAGUGUUGGUAAGUCUGUCCUUUGCCCGGUGGGGAUAUUAUAUGUUUUAAAAUCUUGUUUUACAUUUUGCCACCCUGAAAAUAAAAGGUGAAUGACUAAAAUUCCAACAAUUCAAUAUAAAUAUUUUAAAUUUUCUUAAAAUGGACACAUUUUAAUAGAAUAUCAUUGAAAAAAAAUACUAAUUUAAAUGUAUUUUACAUUACUGUCAGGAGUUGUGGCCUACUUGACUCCCUUACCGGUUACUAUGUUCAGGAUGCUGAUAAUAUAUGUCUCUGUUGUUUCAUAGGGAUUAAUAAAUACAUUACUCAUUUUAGGUUUUAUCAUUCAUCUAUUUCUAAUUCGAGGGUAGUUGCAGGAGUAAAUGGACUUUAUUCUCUUAUUAAUUUGAUUGCCUCAUUGUUUGUCGGUUCUGUUACCUCUGAGAUUCGGGAAGACUCAAUUAUUGGCCUUCUACACUUUAUUCAACAUGUAGGCCCACAAUGUUAUCAUGCACCUAUACAAGAUGAGAUAAGAUAAUUUUUAAAAUUGCAAAGCAGGAAUAUAUCGUCUUCAAAUCUGUCUUACAGAGGUAUUGGGUUACGCGACACAGACACAGACUCUGUAUGCACAGCAGUGAGUUCACUAUGAGUUCAAGAAAUGGGUGGCUAUAAAAGGAAUAUCAGAGCAGUGUUUCCUGUUGCACACAUGUGCAUAACACAAUUGCAAUAGUCAAAUGAUAUACCGCUCUGUCACAGUACAAAGCGCAUGUACUAUUAAGUUCCCACAAGUCUGGCACUUGUAACGCACAUUUAUGUUUGGAAUUUUUUUUUAUUUGGAAGUAUUUCUACUUUCAAACACAAAAGACCAGAUGAAAAGUGAAACUGAGGUUUUUACUUUUCUUUUUUCCCCUAACAGACCCCUCUCUCCCAGACUCUCCUGAACCAAAAACUACAGACUAUGUCAAGCUUCUCAAUGACUCUGUCAAGGUUGUCACUACACAAAUGACCUGGUAUGCAGCAAAUGAGAACUGCAAAAAGGAUGGUGCCACACUAGCUAGCCUGCGAAAUGUCUGGUCAAAGGCAUACAUUGACCUGGUCACUUUUAAUCUCAAAAAGUGGAUGUGGAUUGGACUGAACACUAAAGAGGUAAAUGGGCAGGAUGCAUUUCUUCCUUUAUACAUGACUUACACCCAUCUGUAACUUCUGACUUAUCCUAAAUACACUCUUGAUCAAAAUCUUAAGACCAGUUAAAAAAUUGCAAGAAUUUACAUUUAGCACCGUUGGACCUUUUAGACGGUUCUUAGCAGAGCUUCAAAAUGCAAAUAGAAGAAAUGGGAACAAGAGACCAAAAGUUUUGAGCAGGUAAUUUAUUGAAAACAACAAUUUAACUGAAAUAGGCUGUUCAUCAGCUGAUCAAAAGUUUAAGACCACAGCCUUACAAAGCCCAAAUCUGUGCGAAAACUUGGAUUCCAUAUCAUUUCUUGUCAAGCAGUCACACCGCCAACAUCUCUUGAUGGCAAAGGCAAAAAAGCUCACUGCCUUUGAACAGUGUGGUAGGAUUGUUGAGCUGCAUAAACAAGGCCUCUCACAACGUGCCAUCGCUGCUGAGGUUGGACGAAGCCCUCCGGAUAUUAAAAGAUCUGGAGGGUUAUGGAACAAAAAAUCUCACCAGCGCUGAGCCGGAGGAUCCGAAUGUGUGUCCGUCAAGACGCGGUAUGAUCCUCGUCCCAAAUUAAGGCCAUUACAGGUGCUGACUGCAGCCCAAUAACAAUCAGACGACAUCUGUGAAGGGCUUCAAAAACAAAAAAUGUCUUCAAAGGCCACGUCUCCUUCAACACCACAAAAUUGCUCGUUUGGACUUCGCAAGGGAGCACCAAACCUGGGACAUUCCUGAUGGCUUCCAACGCUACUGGCAUGACAAGGAGAUGCCACCUGAGAUGUUUUCUACACGGCACAGUGGAGGGGGCACGAAUUUUUUCCAGGAGAAUAGCAUCACUCUUUUGGACCAUCCCGCAUGUUUCCCCUGAUCUAAAUCGAAUUGAGAACAUUUGGGGAUGGAUGGCAAGGGAGAUUUAUAAAAAUGGACAUCAGUUCCAGACAGUGGAUGCCCUUCAUGAAGCCAUCUUCACCACUUGGAGCAACACUCCCACUAGCCUAAAUCAAACAUGCCAAAACGAAUUUUUGAAGUAAUCAACAAUAAUGGUGGAGCUGCUCAUUACUCAGUCAGUUUUUGACACUUUAAUUUCUGUUCUAGGAGGUGUUUAGGUUUUUUUGAGCUGUGGUCUUAAACUUUUGAUCAGCUGAUUAACAGCCGAUUUCAGUUAAAUUGUUGUCGAUAAAUUACCUGCUCAAAACUUGUUCCCAUUUCUUCUUUUUGCAUUUUGAAGGUCCAACAGUGCUAAAUAGGCAUGUGCCGAUAUGAAAAAUUUGAUAUCACGAUAUUGGUGGCCCAAAAUAUCACGAUUCGCGAUAUUAUCAUGAUAUUAGCACAUUGCUUUUAACGUUAUUAACGAUGCUGGAUGGUGUUCACGGAGGUGGGUACGUAGGUUUGAAGUGUUGGAUAACGGCGCUGCAACUUCCUUACGGCAUAACCUGCAGAUUGGUGUCAAGUAUACCUGCUCCGUCUGUUUUGUGAAGCCGUAAAACGUCCAUACUGCCGUUGAAACAGUUUUAAUAGGAGGAUACAGCCGAGGCAUUUCGUCAUUCUCAGUCUCUGACUGUUCUGCUGCAUCGUUACGUUGGAUGGAAAUUGGAACGUGUGCGUCAAAUUUUUUUUCCUUCUUCAAACUGUUUCCGGUUCACAGAGUGGACACGCUCCAACAGUGCUUUGGGUGGCCGCAAUGCAUUGUGGGUGGCCCCGCGUUUUGUUGUAAAAUUUCUUCAUUUCUCUUUUAAUGUUCCCGUUUUUGUUAGGCUGGCAUUAAUGUACUUAAUUCAAGAGUUUGUUUUGAAAUUGGGACUACUGUUGUGGUGGUUUGUUUGUACAUUUUGCCACAGAGGCUUUGACACUGUGGGUAAGACUACAAGUGGGUUAGGUUGGUAAGUACUCGGCUUCGCUUGCCUUGCUAAAUGACGCUGCCACUCGUCCUUAAAUUAUAAUUGUGGGACGAUUAUUAAGCCGCGUUCAGACCAAACGCGACCAGGUCGCGUCGCGUUGGUCGGUCAGGUCGCGUCGCGUGGUGCUCUGGUGUGUUCACACUGGGUCCAAAGUUGCAGUCGCAGGUCGCGGCUGGUCGCCGGUGACGUCAUCCAUGUCACUAGCUCAGUUUUCAGUUCAUCAGUGCUGCCGCAUAUCUGUACAUCCGCAGUAGACGCCGCCGGCGUUUAUGGGUGCAUGAAACCAUCCGGAGGAGGACGGAGCUGGGUGAAUUUCACCGCUUGCUCCAGGAACUCCGCCUGGACGACGGCCGCUUCCAGCGGUAUUUCCGUGUGUCGACGGCGCAGUUCGAGGACCUCCUCGCCCAAGUGGGAAGCAGCAUCUCCCGCCUGGACACGAAAUACAGGCGCUCCAUCUCAGCUUCGGAGCGCCUGUCUAUCUGUCUGUCCCUCAUAUAAACGUCUCUAAGCCACUUCCACCGCUUGCGGCACACAUCCACAGCAAAGACACACACACACAUACGUUGAAACAUGUAGCCUAGCAAGCAGGGGCAGUUAGCUGGGUGGUAGCUAACGGAUGUGAUUAACUGCUCUUCCAUUGUGAUUCUUCUUCUCCUCUUCCUUGUUUCGCCGGUUUGUUGACGUCAGCAGAGCCCUGAUUGGCUGUCGCGGCACGAAGUCGCUCCCAAAGUUCAAAUAUUUGAACUUUGGGAGUGACGCGACUUGGCGUCCUGCGACCUCGGCGACGCGACCUCGGGGACGCGCCUUGGCGACCGUCGCCCGGUCGCGCAUGGUCGUGUCGCAGGAAGCCGGCGGUCGCCAAGUCGCGUCAGGUCGCGGCUGGCCAUAGACUUUGCAUUGGGAGCCGUCGCCAAGUCGCGUCAGGUCGCGGCUGGUCUGAACGCGGCUUUACAGUACCCUACAAUUUCAUCAUCGCGGCUGUUUCAUAUCGCAUAUCGCGAUUAAAUUGUGUAUCGGCACAUCCCUAGUGCUACAUAUAAACUCUUGCAAUUUUUUAACUGGUCUCAAGAUUUUGAUCAGGAGUGUACUAGAGAUGAUAUUUGACAAAGUCAUUUUGAUACUGGAAUGGAAUUUAAAAGGCUUAUCAUUCUUUCUAUAGAGUAAUCUGAAUAGAUUAUAUUGUAGUUGAAUAAAUCUUUGCUUUUAGACUGCUGGAUACUUCAUGUAUAUUGACGGCUGGCAUCUACCUUUUGCCAAUUGGGCUUCGGGAGAACCAAAGAGUGACCAACCUUGUGUAUAUGUGGAUGAGGAAGGAAAAUGGAGGACAUCUGACUGCUCUUUGAGACUGGCUAGCAUUUGUAUGAAAUCCACAGGUAAGGAGAUUUAAGUGGCUUUAAACAUGGCAUGGCUAAUGAUGCCAGACAGGCUGAUCUGAGCAUAUAAGAAACUGCUGACCGACUGGGAUUUUCACGCACAACCAUCUUUCGGGCUUAUAGAUAAUGGUCCAAAGACGAGAAAAUAGAAAAUAUCCAGUGUGCAGCAGUUGUGUGGACAAAAAUGCCUUGUUAAUUUUAGAGGUUUAGAGGAGAAUGGGCAGACUAGUUCAAGACGACAGACAGGCAACGCUAAGUUUAAUAACCACGAAGUAUGCUGAGCUAAAAUUACCAUCAAUGGUCAGCGGCUAAGAACGGGAAAACUGAAGCUAAAAUUCGCACAGGCAAAUUGUAGUCACGCUCUGUGUGAACAUAAGGCAAUAAACCCACUAUUUCCAUGCAAAAUGUAAAUGUACUUAAUGUUGACGGGCUUCAUUGCUCCUCUAUUUGGCCUCAUUCAAUAUGGCUCACUUAGCUGUUGCUGGUGCUUAAAGCCCACCUCAGCUUCACCCCUUUGUUUACGUUGAGGUCAGUGGCGGCUGCUGGUCUUCCAAGGAGGGGAAGCUCAUUUUUCUGGCCUACAUCAAAAUUGUGUUUGUUUAUAACAGAACAGAGUCGCCAAACACAACGGCAGUCGUUUUUAACAAAGACAAAAGUCGCUGAGGAUCGGUAAAGUCUCCGGAGCAGUUAAGAACAACGGGAUGAAUAACUUAGAAAAUGCUCUGGUAGAUGUUUUAUUCUUCAAGAUCGCUGAUUCGCUUGUUUAGCUGUCAAUCAAAAAAGGAUUUCGCCUCAGACAGCUCAUCCAAUCAUGGAUGCAGAAGCUCAGCGUCCCGGGAAAGUUGGGACCGCCCUCUCGUCAUAGAACUCCAGAGACGCUGAGCGUCCGAUGGGCGGGACAAAGCCAAGCAUUUAUCCAAUGAGCGUCUAGUUUUGCUGCUGGAACAACCCACCUUCAGAAAUAUCUGUGCAGGUUCUCAUUCAUCCAGGUCAUGGUUAUGCUUCAGAAAACAAUGGGUUACUUCACAGAGGCUACCUCCAUAUUUUAUACAGCCUGUGCCUUCAUCCCCAGAUGUGCCACCGACAGAGUUGACUGCCUACCCUGGUAUGUGCCCUGAAUCUCCAGGGCGACUUCGAGACAUAUACAGCAGUGUCAGAUCCAGGCAAACUGAGAGCUGGCUACCUUUUAAGGGUAACUGUUACCUAUUUAUGCCAAACAGAGCUACUUGGCAGGAGGCAGCAGCUAAAUGUAAAGCCCAUGGUAAGGACUUUGUACGAUUGCCGGAGAACUUUGUAAUCAUUUAGCUGUGUCUAGCUCUGGAAACAAUAAAAACCUAAUGUUUGUAUAACUUUUUUUAUUCUAGAAGAAGGAUCUCUUGUCAGCAUUGAGGAUCCCUCAGAGCAAGCUUUUAUCCAUGGCAUUAUUAAAGAGUAUGAGGACAGCCAGGACUCCUUCUGGAUUGGCUUCUACAAAACUCACAGAGGUACAUUGUUUGCUCAUUCAUGACAAGAAAAAUUUAGUGACACUUUUGCAAACAUACAUAGAACUGAGUUUGGCAUAGUGGCUUCAUGACCUUCAAAUGAAAUCAGCUUUAAAGGGAUAUUCCGGCAUAAAAUAAAGUUAGGGUCAAACACACCGUAACACAGAGUUAGACACUCCGUCGAGAGAUGGAUGUUGCCGACCGCUUGCUUCUCUAGUUAUACCAACUUUAGUAACGACCGCAGAUAGCAAUACAGAGAGCCACGCGCUCAACCAAAACGCCACUCUAUAACCACAAAUAAUGCUCAGAACAGCACCUAACUUCAUCAACAGGACAUAUAGGGUCACAGACAUAGUACUAGACACCAAACAUCUUUUUAGCUUUGCCUAAUUUUUUAAGCAUUUCUUUGGUGGCUAGUACUAUGGCUUUUCCUCCAGAAAAACAGGACACUGAAUUUGAAAGUAAAAAAAAAUGAACCUCUGCUUGUUCGCAGGCCAGUGGCAGUGGCUGGAUAAGACGACUGUGGAUUACACAAACUGGAGUGGAUAUGAUCUGUAUGGAUACAGAAUUUUUGCAUUGAUGGAAGUUUCGAGUGGGAAAUGGCGGGCAAGUCUUUCCUCCUAUAUUGGAUAUAUUUGCAAAGCCCCCAAAGGUGAGAACAUGCUUUUUAUGAGCUGAAUUUAAUCAAACAGAAAAGUACAACAGAUACUCAAACCUACUGUACUUGUUUACAUUAAAGGGGACCUGCCAUAAAAAUGUAAUUUUUGGGGUUUUUUUGUGUCAGAUAAGGUCCAUAUUAUGUUCGUCUUAUGUUGUAAAUGUGAAAACAAACUGUUAAGUCGUUUGCAUUCUGUAAAGGUUUAAAAUAAAGGAACGAGUAAACCAGGCCAAUUGGAAAAGCAGGUCAGUGUUACGUUGCGUUGACGUUGCUCAUUAUUAUUCACGAGCGCGUCCUCGGUGAGCAGUGCCCACUCUCUCGUACUCGUACUCAGUCACAGCCAGAGCGAGACCCAGCUACCGCUGUAUCCGCUAUGGGUCUCUUCCAAACGAUCGGUGUUUCCUUCGGUUCACUGCCGGGAAAAUGAACUUAAAGCCGGGCAGAAUGAAUGAGAAAACACCGCUGGAGAUCUCCGGCUUCUUCCUCAACUUCCACCUCCUCUUUGGACUCGGGGUCUAAAAUAUAUGGUUUAAUACCUGCCGUUUUUAGCCUUUAGCAUAAGGUGACCAGACGUCCCCGAUUUCCGGGGACAGUCCCCGUAUUGGAUGACCUGUCCCCGGCAAAAGCUGUCCCCGAAAAUGUCCCCGAUUUAAGCGUUUCAUGAAUGAGAGCAAAAAUGUUGCGUGUGGGCUCGAACAACGGUUAUUACAGCAGCCGAAUUUAGUUAGCAGUCCUGAACAACAGUUCUUACGGGGUUAUUACAAGGGGCAUGCGCUGCUACUAAAUAGUACCGAGACUUUGUCUGUGAUCACACAGCCCCUGCACCGCCGCCGCCACCGCACCGAAUAUCCCCUGAUAUCAUUACAGACAUCUGGGCACCUUACUUUAGCACACAUUAGCAUAUGCUAUUAGCAUUAGCAUAAUAACAAUGGAGAAACCGAAAUCCGAACCUCCACUGCUGAGCCAAUCAGAGCACAGCAGGCUUCACAGCAGCGAUCCAAUCAGAGCAAAGCUCAUUACCAUAAAUGUUAAUGAGCCAAAACCAGUUGGUUUUCCUGUAAGGUUUUUUAAGCAUACUAAAACAAACCAUCAAAUAACUUUUCAGCUAAAAUUAUGGUGCAAACAUGAUCAGAGGACAUCAAGGAUUAUGAAAAAUUGAUAAAAAUGGGGAUGACAUUUUGGUGGCAGGUCCCCUUUAAAAUUAAAUUGGAUGGAGAACAAAGAGAGACUGCAAGUUUCAAGUCAUAGUUCAUGUGAACAAAACUUUCUCUGAGGUGAAAAUGCUAAAUUUCUCAGGUAAAAAAUCGAGAGAAUUCUUUUCUGAAAUAUUUUGUCAUACACUUUAUCUAUUUCUUUUGAUUUAAUAUUUCAACCUUGAUCCUGUAUAUUCUCUCAAACUCUCUCAAACAUAGAACAGUUUUUAAUGUCCUCCUCCUAUCCAAUAUUAAUGCUAAACUAUAUGAAUGCGUAUUACACAGUUGUUAAAACUCUACACAUUUAUCAACAAAUUGUUUCUAAAUCAAGAGCGUAAUUAUCGAUUUACUGAUGUGCUUCUGUCCUGACACUUUUGUCUUGUCAUUAGUGGUACUGGCAACACCAACUGCUGGUAAGUAACAUCUAUCUUGUUUUUCUCAUUUUAAUAUCGUUAUAACUGUUAUAAUUAAGCUCCAUUGACUAAUUAUUUACUCAUUUAUUUUGUCCAGCAAAGGAUAUGGAGAAACCUCAAACCCACAACAGCCACAUCUUACCAGUUGUCGUGGUCAUUUCUGUGAUAGUCCCAUUAGCGAUCAUCGUUGUCGUAUUCUUCCGCAAGAGGUCUGGACGCAGCUAUCCUGUCUAUCAAAUGUUAGCCGCAUUUCAUAACCCACUUUUCUCCACCAGCGAGCAGUAG